AUGAAUCCCAUGACUGGACUAGCAGCUGCGCCGCCUCUGUGGCAGGAGGCGCGCAAUGCCGACGGCAGAGUGUAUUAUUACAAUGUCCAGACAAAAGCUACACAGUGGCAGAAGCCCGUCGAAUUGAUGACUCCUGUCGAGCGAGCUCUGGCCAAUCAGCCAUGGAAAGAAUAUACUGCUGAGGGUGGACGGAAAUACUGGUACAACACGGAAACUAAGCAAAGCACUUGGGAGAUGCCAGAUGUUUACAAAAAUGCUUUGGCGCAGGUUCAGGCACCUCAACCACCCCCUGUAGCGGCCCCCACGUUUGUCGCAGGCGGAGUCAGCUCGUUUCCCUCCCAUCCACAACAGCGUGACCGCGACGACUAUGACCGAGGCUUUGGCGAUCGGCGCGGUGGUUUCGGCUCCAUGGAUGUCAAUGGAAUUUCGGCCGCUCCGGCACUGGGAACUGCGCAAGCAGAGCCAGAGUAUAGCUCCCUCGAAGAAGCUGAGAAUGCUUUUAUGAAGAUGCUCAAGCGCCACAACGUUCAGGCUGACUGGUCAUGGGAGCAGACGAUGCGUGCGACUAUCAAAGAUCCUCAGUACCGUGCUUUGAAGGAUCCCAGAGACCGAAAGGCAGCUUUUGAGAAGUACGCGGCCGAACUUCGCAUGCAGGAGAAGGAUCGAGCCAAGGAAAGAUUCGCUAAGCUCAGAGCCGACUUUAAUACUAUGCUGAAAAGCCAUCCUGAAAUCAAGCACUAUAGCCGCUGGAAGACAAUCCGCCCGAUUAUUGAAGGCGAGACGAUCUUCAGGUCCACCAACGAUGAGAAUGAAAGACGACAGCUCUUCGAGGAGUAUAUUCUCGAACUGAAGAAGGAGCAUGUGGAGCAGGAGGCUGCGCGGCGCAGGGCUGCACUCGAUGAGCUGGUCAAUAUCUUGAAUUCUUUGAACCUGGAGCCUUACACGCGGUGGUCUGAAGCACAGGCCAUAAUCCAGUCAAAUGACAAGAUUCAAAGCGAUGAUAAGUUCAAAUCCCUGAGCAAGUCUGAUAUUUUGACCGCUUUUGAAAACCACAUCAAGUCCCUUGAGCGGACAUUCAAUGAUGCGCGUCAACAGCAGAAGGCAGCAAAGGCGAGAAAAGAACGCCAUGCGCGUGAGCACUUCAUCGAGCUCUUGAAGGAGCUGAAGGCUCAAGGCAAGAUCAAAGCUGGCAGCAAGUGGAUGAACAUCUACCCGUUGAUUCAUGAGGAUCCACGCUACCUUGCAAUGCUAGGUAACUCGGGUUCUAGUCCCUUGGAUCUUUUUUGGGACAUGGUAGAAGAAGAGGAACGAUCGUUGCGGGGGCCACGGAAUGACGUUUUGGAUGUUCUGGAUGAUAAACGCUAUGAGGUCACGCCAAAGACCACGUUUGAAGAGUUUCAGUCUAUCAUCCUUGCAGACCGCCGCACGGCGAACCUCGCUUCUGACAUACUCCAACUCCUCUUUGAUCGUAUCAAAGAGAAAGCUAUCCGGAGAAGCGAGGAGGAGAAGCAUGCCGCGGAUCGCCAUCAGCGACGUGCUAUCGAUGCCUUACGCUCGCGGAUGAAACGUCUGGAACCUCCUAUACGCCCAACCGACACUUGGGACCAAGUGCGACCGAGGAUCGAGAAACUCGAGGAAUACAAGGCGAUUGAAUCAGAUGAGCUUCGCCAAGUGGCUUUUGACAAGUUCACCCGCCGGUUGAAGGAGAAAGAGGAGGAGGUGGACAGGGAGCGCGAUCGAGACAGGGAUCGUGGAAGCCGACGAGAACAUUACGAUCGCGAUCACCGUAGAGGCGAGAGACGAGGACCUCCUAGUCGUCUCAGCCGCACACCUGAGCCCGACGCCUAUGAAGCAGACCGUCGUAAAGCUCAGGCCGAUCGCGAGCGGACUUACAGGAAAGUCAGCGGCUUAUCUCCGAUCCGCGAGAAGCGCGACGAUCGGGACCGUGACAGGGAUCGCGAGAGAGAGAAGGACCGAGACCGUUACCGCGAUCGGGAUUGGGAUCGAGAGCGCAGCUCUCGGUCUCUGAGCCACUAUGAUCGUGAGCGAAGGGAUCGGGAAGAAGAGCGCGAAAGGCUCUAUCGCACUCGCGGUGAUCCCCGUGGAGGUCGAGAUGAGCUGGAUUACGGUGCGGACACACGGAGCACCGUCAGCAACGACCGGAGGCGUCGGAGAGACAGCGAUACUGAGAGCGUCGCCAGUCGCUCUGCGAAGCGCCACCGGCGUGAAAGUCGCGAGCGAGACCGUAGCCGGGGUUCCAAGAGGGACAGGGAGCGUCGAGAACCGACUCCUGCCGCGGAGGAAGCCAAGAAAGAAGAGAAGGCCGUGCACUCUGGCAGCGAAGAGGGUGAAAUCGAGGAGGACUAG